AUGGUGUGCCUUGUCAAAUUUGUUGCUUUUGUUUUCGGGUUCUACGCCAAUGCUUCCACGGCAGCAUUCAUUCAACACCGCCAGUACUGGCCGGAUCCCGGGGCAGGGCCGAACACUCCUCAACAAUGUACGGAAACAUCCUUAACGAGUCCGACAUGGGGCAUUUACAGUCCUUCCCUGGUGGCGAUCAACAGUUCCAGUGGUGGGACACAGGGCGAUAUUCGGUUUCUGACCGUCAACGCUGCGAGCGGCCUGACUGCGGAGUGCGCGGCAACCGACAUCGAUAUCUACCCCAAGGGGGCCGCUCUAAACAUAUGGCACAAUUGCAGUAUACCAGAGCUGUUUGUCCAAUUCGACCUUGAAAGUUUUGAAAUGCGGCUCAGGGGAAGUUGGCAGUGUGAUAAUUCUUCGAGCAUCGUCUUCACGGCAAACGGUACAUGGGAGACCCCGCUCAUCCAAGGCUGUUUCGACGAGGAUACGCCUCGUGGACGCGAAACACUGUGUAUCAUGGGCAACUCCCAGGUUCCCUCCAGUCUCUCGAGCCCCGUGGCCAUCCAUCCGCAGUUGCCCCUUUUCCCAUACACGCCCAGGGAGCGGGCUAAACGGUGCGUUGAUAGAUCAUACGACCCGGAAUGGCAGAUCAACAACCUGCUGUAUGAAUACCAUAUGGUCGAAACGGACAACAAGACCUCGGUAUACUACGAUUUGCUUUUGUCAGUUAUCAAUCUUUCUAAUGGGGAGAACACGGAAUGCUCUAUCACAGUGGACCUCCUGCAGCCCUCAAUCCUCAACGGAUCUGCUCCGUGGGUUGGUUGCCAAGGGACAAACGUGACCAACUCGUCCUCCACUCCCGCCACUUUUGACGUGAUGAUAGAUAGGGACUACGGAAUAUUUGGAAUUCGGGAUACGUGGGAAUGCUCAGACGGUGUUCCUGAUGUCGAGGGGAACGAAUUCAGUGGGAUAGGAUACACCAGUAUUGAUCUCGACUGCGGUAAUCCCCGGAACCUGGCUGUAUAUGACAGUCAAGGUUUGGCUGUAGAAGCUUCGUCCGACUACAACUGCAGUUUGGCGACAUCGCCGGCCACAUUCACUGGGUACCGAGCUGAAGUUCCUCCAAUACCGCACACGUAUUACACACGGAGUUGCACCAUCAACUCAAUUUACAAUACGACGACUAUGGCCCUGCGAGAAUAUCAAAUCGAGACUACCCCCCAGGACGAUAACAACAACGAGGCAUCCAUUACUGGAACCUUUGGCCUCUACAACCCGGGUUCCGGGGAUACAUACAAGCUGUAUCGGAUCCCAGUGAUAGACGACGGCGACUGGCAUGAGUGCACGGCAGGCCUACGGGCCUUGCCCUGGCAACUGGUGACGUGCCAGUACAUGCUAGACAGACGCAGUAACCGACUUGCGUUUCAAGUCCAGUGGUAUUGUGAUGACCGAGAUGCGCGCAGCGCAAUUCUAUUCGAUGCGACAGUAGAGGAACAGCUACCGGUGGAAGCUUGCGAAUUAGUUGAUGGACGAGAAACUUGUGGUCUGCCAGUGGACGUAGCGGAGGUGGCCAUGGCGGUAUCUUCGUUGUCUUGGACCACAUCUGGGAAAGCAAUGGAUAUGGGUCCGACAAUGCCAUGGAUCUAG